GCGCUCCCCAACCUAUCUAACCAGGCACGACUUCAAUCGUCCACGUCUGGUUGGAUAGCUUCCACUCUACAAUAGUAUCAUCUUCAACAACUUCCUCACACUCGUCUCAUUUACCGUCUCCUAAGUUUGGUCACUCUAUUUCCUAUCAUCUCUCUCCACUCCUUUGCUCGUCACCUCCCACCAUCAAGUUCCAUCCCAUCCGCACCCUUCUAGCAUUGCAGCUUCGACUGCUCGUCCUCCAGACCAUGACAUCUACUUCCAACACUCCCUUUGCGACUCCUGCCACUUCCCUGCCUAAUUCUCGACCUGGCACUCCUACUCUGUCUACUCCGGCCACAACCACUGUCGCCGACAACCAACUCCAAGAUGAUUCAUCCAAGUUAAAGACCUUUAUAGGUCUGUUGAGAAAAUUCAUCGGAGUCGCAGAUAUCGCCAAUGUGCGGUUUUCUUUACCAGCUCAACUUAUGGAGCCUAUACCAAAUUUAGAAUACUGGCACUAUCUUGAUCGUCCAGAAACAUUCGCAAGCAUUGGGACAUCGGAUUCCGACGUUGGCCGUAUGCUGGAGGUUCUAAGAUUUUGGUUUACAAAAGAUCUCAAAUACGUCAAGGGGAGACCAUGCAAACCCUACAACUCUACUUUGGGUGAAUUCUUCAGGUGCAAUUGGGAGAUCAGUGACAUAGCACCGUCAAUAUCUCAACCUUCCAAGGCGCCACCCCAACCUUCGGUCGAUCCCCUCGCUCCUAGUGCCAACUCCAACUCGAAUCCCAUCACUGUCUCCUUUUUGACCGAACAGACCUCCCAUCACCCACCUGUUUCUGCAUAUUGGUAUGACUGCCCCGAACGGGGUGUCUCGGCAAAAGGCUACGACCAGAUAUCUGCCAAAUUUACGGGCACUUCAGUCCGUGUAACACCCGGGGCAUACAAUCGCGGCAUCUUCAUCACUCUCAAGAACCGAGAUGACGAAGAAUACCAAUUAAUCCAUCCGGCGGCUGCCCUCGGUGGCAUUCUUCGAGGUUCUCUCUACAUCUCCGUUGCCGAUACAUGCACCAUAGUGUGCCCCAAGACAAAGCUCAAGACCAUUCUCACCUACGUCGAGGAAAGCUGGUUCGGCAAGGCUCAGAACCGUGUUCAUGGCGUUAUGUUCCGUUAUGAUCCCGCCGAUGACAAGUACAUCCGCGUCAAAGACGUUCCGGAGAAGGAUAUCCUCGUCAAGAUUGAAGGCUGUUGGCAGGAACAAAUCACAUACACUAUUCCGAAAAAUGAUGCCGUCAAAGCCACGAGUGACCUGGAGCCGACCACGGACAAGCAGCUCUUGAUCGAUUUGCAGCCUCUGAUGCCAGUGCCCAAGAUAGUCCCACCCCCCGAUGAGCAAUUGUCCAACGAGUCCCGGGAAUUCUGGAAAGAAGUGACAGCCGCGAUCCAAGAGAAACGUUACGGAGACGCGACACGGAUCAAGCAGGAACUUGAGCAAGCACAACGAGAUAAAGUCGCCAAGAGAACAGAGCUCAAAGUUGAGUUCCAGCCAAGGUUUUUCACCGCCGUCACCGAGCAGAGUGGCAAGCCGGAUCUGUCUGACGAAGGCAAAGAGGCUCUUCGCGGCUUGCAGAAGCAGUCCUUCCAUCUGGAGGAGAAGCCUGAAUUCGAUGUGGCUAUAUAAGCCGGAUGCGGGGUGUGAGUGUCAGGGCUCAUGCGUCAGGCUAGAAAUGGCGCCAGACCUGGAGCUAGAUCCCGAAUCCACAUGUUACAACCUCGAUGAAUCUUGUCAAUGGACGACCUAACUGGUUCACCUCGUCGAAGGAUGCCAGCCCACGAAGACGGCGGGCAUCACCAUGAGCAGUACAGUCGCGAUGGACGAGGUGGGCAUGUGAGGGCUGGUCGUUGGCACCGGCAGGACGGUACAAGCAUAUAGGGGGGUGGUGACUGAUUUUUCAUUCAUUCCUACCAGAUUUUGCACGAUAGACAUUGAGGUCCCAGGCCGGAGGAGCCGGGGAGGACCUAGCGUAUGAGGCGUUGACACUGACAUUGACGAUUUGUCUUUGACCCUUGGCUAUAUCCAUGAAGUACAGCAAGUUUUAGAAGUGGGCAUGACGCUUACAAAACAGUCGCACACCUGGAGUUCGGAAUGCAUUGAAUGGUUGCGCACGAGAUGAAUCAUGACCCUGGACGAGAUACAUAGACGACCCAUUGCAACCUCUAUAUUGGC